CGGAGUUCUGGUCGAUCAAAUCAUUAGCGGAAAAUGGGGCGGCGAAGAGCGUCGCAGUUGCUUGUACGGUGUCGACGUUUUCUUGUUGGGAACCCAACUCGAUCUUCCCGAGAACGAUCGUCAUCGGAGUUCAUUUCAGGAUUCUAUUCAACGCCAAAAAUGUGGAGAUCUUGCUGGGCUUUGCAAGUUCCCAUCUCAGUAUCUCAAACUUCUAAGCAUUUGGGUGGAACCUACAUGACCCAACAGAGAUUAUUUACUUCAUUGCCUAGUGCUAUUCCAAGGAAUCCAUCUUUUUCAAAUUUGAAUUCGGACGAUGUAAGUUUUUUCAGAAGCAUAUUAGGAGAUAAGAAUGUUGUUGAAGAUGAAGAUAGGCUAUCAGCUGCAAACUUGGACUGGAUGCGGAAGUACAAAGGCUCAAGCCAGCUCCUUCUCUUACCAAGAAGUAGUGAAGAGGUUUCUAAGAUUCUUAAAUAUUGCAAUUCAAGAAAGUUAGCUGUUGUCCCCCAAGGGGGCAACACAGGUCUUGUAGGAGGAAGUGUUCCUGUGCAUGAUGAGGUUAUCAUAAAUCUUGCAUUGAUGGACAAGGUGGUGCACUGCUUUCAGAUCAAUGGCAUUCUUGUUUGUGAAGCGGGGUGCAUACUGGAAAACUUAAGCUCAUUUUUAGAAAAUGAAGGAUUCAUCAUGCCGCUUGACUUGGGAGCAAAAGGAAGCUGUCAGAUUGGUGGAAAUGUUUCAACCAAUGCAGGUGGCUUACGCUUUAUACGAUAUGGCUCACUUCAUGGAACUAUUCUUGGAAUUGAGGCAGUAUUAGCUAAUGGAACUGUUCUUGACAUGCUUGGCACUUUACGCAAGGACAACACUGGCUAUGACUUGAAACAUUUGUUUAUUGGAAGUGAAGGUACUCUUGGAAUUGUCACCAAAGUUUCAAUUCUUACACCUCCCAAGCUAGCUUCGACAAAUAUUGCAUUUCUUGCUUGCAAAGACUUCAUAAGUUGUCAGAAAUUAUUAUUGGGAGCAAAGAGGGCGCUAGGUGAGGUUCUUUCAGCAUUUGAAUUUAUGGAUAGCCAUUCAAUGGAUUUGGUUCUGUCUCACUUGGAUGGAGUUCGCAGUCCAUUACCUGCUUCAUUAUACAACUUCUAUAUUCUUAUUGAGACAACUGGUAGUGAUGAAUCACAUGAUAAAAUGAAACUUGAAGCUUUUUUGCUACAAUCUAUGGAAGAAGGCCUCAUAUUAGAUGGUGUAAUAGCUCAAGAUAUGAAUCAAUCGGCAUCAUUUUGGCGUGUUCGUGAGGGUAUAUCAGAAGCAUCAGUUAAACUAGGGGCUGUUUACAAAUAUGAUUUAUCAUUACCAAUUAAUGACCUUUAUGGCAUCGUUGAAGAAAUGCGUACCAGGCUUGGCAAGGCUGCUAUAGUAAUUGGAUAUGGCCACCUUGGGGAUGGCAAUCUGCACUUGAAUAUUAUGACAACUCGAUAUGACAGUGAUAUCCUUGCUCAAAUGGAACCAUUUGUCUAUGAGUGGACCGCAAAACACAAAGGAAGCAUUAGUGCAGAGCAUGGUUUGGGAUUGAUGAAAGCAGAUAAAAUACAUUACAGCAAGCCUCCCGAGACUGUGCAUUUGAUGGGUAAUAUCAAGAAGUUGCUUGAUCCAAGUGGUAUAUUAAACCCGUACAAAGUCCUACCUCAGUCGUCCUUGCUUGAUCACUGAUGACAGAUGUAUUUGCGGGUAAUGAUGCUUGCAAAAGCAACAUGAA